AUGAAGUUUACCAAUGCCAAGUGCGAAUCUUUUAAUCAUUCCUGGGUAACCAUCGAACACUGUCGACUACGAGCCAUUAACCGCCAUAAGACGGUACUAAAUAUUAAUGCCAACUUCCACUAUCCGGCGACAAAAAUCAAACUGAGAUUUCAAGUACUAAAAAAAGCCAAUGGGUAUAAGCCUUGGGUGAUCGAUGGUACCAUCGAUGCCUGUGCAUUUUUGCAAAAACCUAAUCACCCAGUGGUAAAGAUUAUUCACAAUUUAAUUAAGAAUUGCUCUACAGUUAAUCACACGUGUCCCUACAUUGGUCGCCAAUCUGUAAAGGAUUUCGAUGUAACACCGGAGCAAAUACCUUUGCCUUUUCCCUCUGGCGACUACGCUCUAUUUCUUACUUGGAUAUUCUCGGAUAAACCUCAAUUUGCCACAAACGUAUAUUUCACAUUUACAGAGGAUCUGCUAAAGCAAUGA